GUUGGUUUGGGGUUCAUUGCUUUGCUCCUACGUUUCAGUGUUCGUGGUGUUUACGCUCAAGCUGACGUAGCUUAACGUUCUAAACGAAAGCUGAUAUGAGUUCACGAAAACGGGCUGCUGCGAUUGUGGUGCACAAGACUCGCUAGAUCUAUUUCGCUUCAAUCUGUUGCCACGAUGUGUUCCUUCCGGUGCGGUGUCGUGCUUCCGGUGUGUUCAAUUGUUUUGUCCGCGCUCGUGUCGUUGUCGCUGGUCGUCGCUGGAGAUCAUGUUGAACCAACGCUUCAACUGCCCACGGUGAUGGUUGCAGUUUUGGUGCGUAAUAAGGAACACACGUUGCCGUACUUUUUCUCGUACUUGGAAGAAUUAGACUAUCCCAAGGACCGCGUAUCGCUGUGGAUACGAUCUGAUCAUAACGAAGAUCGCAGCGUAGAAAUUACCAAAGCAUGGCUGAAGCGCACAACUGCCCUGUAUCAUAGUGUAGAUUUUAAGUACCGCAACGAACCGCAACGGAGAGCGAGUGAGAAAACCAACACGCACUGGAACGAGGAGCGCUUCACAGAUGUGAUUCGAUUGAAGCAGGAAGCCUUGCAGACGGCCCGAAACAUGUGGGCAGAUUUUAUUUUCUUUCUGGACGCAGAUGUUUUUCUGACUCACCGCGAAACCCUACGGCAUCUGGUUGGCCUGAACCUACCGGUCGUUGCACCGAUGCUCGUCUCGGAUGCACUGUAUUCUAACUUUUGGUGCGGUAUGUCACCAGACUACUACUACCAGCGUACGGACGACUACAAGAAGAUCCUCAAUUAUGACCAGGUCGGUCAGUGGGCCGUCCCGAUGGUACACAGCGCUGUGCUGGUGCACCUCAAUGUAGCUCAAACCCGUCAGCUUACGUUCGAGAAGAAGAACCUUCCGGCUGGUCGGUACGAUGGCCCGGUCGAUGAUAUCAUCAUCUUUGCCAUGUCGGCCAACUACUCGGGCCUGCCGAUGUACGUAUCCAAUACUCUGCUGCACGGAUACAUCAUGGUACCGUUGGAGGCUGGCGAGACGGUUCCGGGCAAGGAUGUGGAGCAAUUGACCAAUGUGCUAAGCUAUAUAGUGAUCGAGUAUGGCGAGGUGAAACUGAAGGAGGACUUAAGAAGAUUUGUCCCGAGUGUUCCCAAGGACAAACUAUCACUCUCCAAUAUCUACAUGAUAAACCUAAACCGGCGGGAGGAAAGACGAACAAAAAUGUUGAAACAUUUUGACCUACUCGGUUUAGAUGUGGAACAUUUUCCAGCGGUCGACGGCAAGCAAUUGGAUGAUAAGAAGGUUCAUGAUUUGGGCAUUCGUUUUCUGCCCGGUUAUGCUGACCCCUUCCACAAACGCCCAAUGACGAUGGGAGAGAUUGGAUGUUUUCUCAGCCACUACUAUAUCUGGGAAAGAAUGGUAAGAUUGAACCAGCAGGAGGUGCUCGUUCUGGAGGACGAUAUCCGCUUCGAACCGUUCUUCCGCCGGCGUGCUUACGGUGUGUUGAGCGAUGCGCGGCGCAUUGGCGGCUGGGAUUUGAUCUAUUUCGGACGCAAACGGCUGCAGGAAGAGGAAGAAAAGUGGAUCGAUGGUUCGGAGUACCUCGUCAAGGCGGGCUACUCGUACUGGACGCUCGGAUACGUCAUUACAUUGGAGGGAGCAAAGAAAUUACUCCGCGAAAACCCACUCCAGAAGCUACUGCCAGUGGACGAAUACAUACCGAUCAUGUUUGGCAAUCACCCGAACGAAAGCUGGGCCGGACAUUUCCAUGGUCGUACACUGAACGCCUGGAGUGCCGCACCGUUGCUGCUCUACCCAACGCACUACACCGGCGAUGAGGGCUACAUUUCUGAUACGGAGGAUUCCGCACGCAUCGAUGGCACGUUGCCCGCCGUCGGUUCGGGUAAGGGCGGGUCCUCGACGGUUGUGAACAAUGAUACGCGCGAUGCAGCGCCGGGUGAGCCGAAGAAGGGCGAUAAGGAGCAGCUACCAAAUGCACCGGUUUUGCUAGCAGAAUCCGGCAUCGGACAGAACGAGCACGAUCUGGAAGCGAAAAACCGACGGAACGAACUUUAGCGUACAAGGAACGCAGCGGUAGGAAUAGCAUUACACCAAAAGAAAACCUAACUCGAACAAACGUAGUAAAUUGAAUGCGAUAAUAUAACUGUGCCUUAUAUCGAACUAAGGAAUUUAGGAUAAUACCAAGUUUAAGUUUACUAAAACACAUGCCAUGUAAUCUCGUUUCUCUCUGAGUAGAAAUGUUCUAAACGCAAUUAAUAAAAAAGGGACGUU